AUGCAAAUUUUUGUCAAAACUCUCACUGGUAAAACAGUAACACUAGAAGUCGAACCAAGUGACACAAUCGAGAAUGUUAAAGCCAAAAUCCAAGAGAAAGAAGGUAUUCCACUUGAUCAACAACGUCUUAUCUUUGCUGGUAAACAACUCGAAGUUGGUCGUACGUUGAGUGAUUAUAAUUUUCAAAAGGAAAGUACACUUCACCUUGUACUUCGACUUCGAGGUGGUGAUCAAUAA